ACCCGGCGGGAAAAUUGUACGCAAAAAGGCGGGAACAGACCGGAGGGUAAAUUCAGGUCGGAUAAGAAUGGAAAUCACGAUAAACCAUUUAUAUUUUUCUUGCACAAUAUACAGCAAGUUUCGAGUUCUAUUCUUACUCUGAUUAUUAUUGUUGUUAGUAUCGGUAUUUAUUUUUUGUCAUUUGUGCUAAAUGGGAAAGAGAAAGAAAUCUAGGGUUUCUCGUGAAGAGGAAGGAGUGGGAGUAGAAGAAGAGCAGCACCGAGAGAAUAUCGGUCAAUCUUCUGCCAAGGACAAGAGCCUCUAUGAGGUUCUUGGUGUUGAAAGGACAGCUUCUCAACAGGAAAUAAAGAAAGCAUACUAUAAGUUGGCCUUGCGACUCCAUCCUGAUAAAAAUCCUGGCGAUGAGGAAGCUAAAGAGAAAUUUCAGCAAUUGCAAAAGGUGAUAUCAAUUCUUGGUGAUGAGGAAAAACGGGCAGUCUAUGAUCAGACUGGCUGCAUUGAUGAUGCUGACCUUGCAGAUGAAGUUGUUAAUAAUCUGCACGAGUUUUUCAGAGCUAUGUACAAGAAGGUCACUGAGGCCGAUAUUGAAGAGUUUGAAGGGAACUACAGAGGUUCUGAGUUGGAGAAGAAAGAUCUGAUCAACCUAUAUAAGGAGUGCAAGGGUAAUAUGAACAGUCUCUUCUGUUCGAUGCUUUGUUCAGAUCCUAAGCUUGAUUCACACCGUUUCAAGGAUAUUCUUGAUGAGGCAAUAGCUGCUGGAGAAGUCAAAGCAACAAAAACAUAUAAAAAAUGGGCAAAGCAAGUAUCAGAAAGGAAACCGCCUACCAGUCCUCUGAGAAAGAGGGGAAAAUCAGGUAAAGAGUCAGAAGCAGAUCUAUUUGCAGUUAUAUCUCAGCGUCAACGUGAGAGGAAAGGCAGACUUGAUUCCAUGUUCUCGUCUCUUGUAUCUAAAUACGGUGGAGAUGGCGCUGUUCCAGAUCUCACAGAAGAAGAAUUUGAGGCUGCACAGAAAAAACUCGAAAGCCGUAAAGCUUCUAAGAGGUCAAAGCGGAAUUAGAUUUUCCUUGAUUGAAAUUCAGUUCCAUGAUGUUAUCCUCCGUGCAAAUUUCAUUUCUAUGUCUUCUUUAUGUAACGUCUUGGAUGCAUUUUGUCUCUUGCUAUGCCCGUAUAUGAUGGUCGCCCAGCGCCAUCAAACCAAGAACAGUUAGCAAGUCAUCGGCCUAGCUGAAAACGAGUUCAGAUUAUGAGAAUCCAAAGUGUCAUUGCGUAGGUAGGUUUCUAUGAUCACUGGUUUUGUAAGGUAUCUCCUUUUCCCAGUUUAAUUUUGAGUAGGUUUCUGGUA